AUGAUCCCGAAUCAAGCCAAUUUUCCUCCAAUUCACCCAAAUUUUUCACAAACACCCACAAAUAUUCCCCAUAAUUUUUCUGGAGUUUAUCCUCAAAUACCCCAGUCAAGUUUCCCAAAUAGUCCACAAACUCGUCAGGAUCGUUUAUUCGCAAAACACCAGGAAGCUGCAAGGAAAGACGUUGAACGCGCAUUUGGGGUCCUUCAAGCUCGUUUUGCCAUUAUUAAAAAGCCGUCUUUGGCGUGGGAUACCGACAUACUCCACAAUAUCAUGCUCGCCUGCAUCAUAAUACAUAAUAUGAUCGUUGAAGAUGAACGAGAGACGUAUCAAAAUAACGUUAAUACCAAUGAGUUUAUGAAUGCUGGAGGCAACGCUAAUGAGGACACUACCGAGUACCAAACUGAUCGUAUUGUGGAUAUCGGCUUAUACUUGUCUCGUAGAACAGAGAUUGAGGAUCAACAGACUCAUUUGCAGCUAAAAAACGACUUGGUCGAACAUAUAUGGAAUAAAUUUGGUAACAACGAAAACUUAGGCAACUAG